GUGUCUUCGCGGGGCGAGGGGUGGCCGGUGAUUCCCGACACGAGACGAGUGGCUCCGAGAGCGAGGCAGAGCCCGACAUAUUCUGAACACCUUCCAAAUUUUGAGCCGGAGUCGUGAAGUGCUGCUCUUGAGGGGGGCGAGGUUGGAAGAGAGGGAGACGACGAGGGAGAAAACACGCAACGUUCACGCAGAUUUUCACCUCCGCACAUCUCUGCUGACUGCGAGCGGCCAAUUAAAGGUAGACUCAUAGCAAGCAGCCCAGGAUGGCGACAGCCAGUGUGAUCGCGUUGAGCUUCCUGCUCACCACAGCUCUUUCUGCGCCCGUGAAAGUUGACGAGGACACCAUGAUCUUGUUCCACGGGGAGGACUUCCACAUCAUGCUGCCGUCACUCGCGUUGGAGGUCGACUUUCGGAACCGCUCUGCUCCACGGUCGGGCGACGUGUUCCUGAUGCGGGGCGGCAUCGUGGUCAACGGCCGAGCCAAGCUCAACCGUCACCUCAGCCACCUCAUCAUAGACGCCGUGGGCGAGGGAGACGAGGGCGUGUACACCGUCAGGAACCUACAGAAGGAGGAGGACGUCAAACGCAUUACGCUUAUAGUCCGAGAUUGCGCCAACGAAGUGAUCAUUAAAUAUGGAAGCGUCUACAAUAUUCCGCUGGUAGGGGUGACUCCUCCCAUCACCCUGGAGUACAGGCCCAGUGCUGUGGAGGCCAACCAGACAUCUAGACCUGCUCUGGUGCUGCUGACCAGCACAGGGUUGUCCCGGGACGGCUACCAGGGUCGCAUCAGCGUCAGCGAGCGCGACGUCACCCUCAGUGCUGUCACAGGUGCAGACGAAGGUAGCUACACUGUCCGGGAUGCCGAAGGUGAUAUCCAGAAGAAAAUGUGUCUCAACGUCAAAGAGCACCAAAACUUUGUGACCUUGCCACACGGCAAAACGCUGAAGAUCCACCUGAUAAUCAACAGCUCCCUGGUUCACCUCUACUACACCCCCGAGUCGGACCGCACACCCCAUCUGCUGAUGGACAAGGGAGAAUUUACAAGUGCCCGAGCGGAGCUGGGUUUCGAGGACCGUCUCUCUAUGGAGGGCUCGUGGGUUUUUCUGGAUCAGGUCAAGAGUGCAGAUAUCGGCCAGUUCCAAAUUACUGACAUCCUGGGGUUCCCUGUGUCCACCAUCCACCUGCAACUACAACCCUACAAGCUGGAGUCACUGUACGUGGCCAUCAUCGCCAUGUUGGGUCUGCUGGUUUUCCUUCUGCUGGUUUGUCUGCUGUCCUGCCUGAUCAAAGUGAAGAAGAGGGCGAAGAGGGGUGCUGCCCUGGAGAAGAUCGCCCAUAAAUCAGACAAAGAGGAAGAGGGAGAGGCCUUCAGACAGGUUGGAGGGACAAAUGUGGUGAAGAACAUCACCAAACUCAGUGAGGACUCCAAACAUUCGCAGGCCGACAAUACAGAGAAAUCUCAGAGCACUGAGGUGGACAUCAAAGGUCUGGAGGUUUCCUCUAAGGAGGUUGGGGUCGGUAACCUAGACACCAGUGACUCUGGCGUCGGAUUCAACACUGCCCUCCCACUGGACACUGACACCGAUGCCCCCGAUCAGAACCUCGACUCUGUGGCUGUUAGCAUCUCCGUUGCCUCUGAAACCAAACCAAGUCCACCGCCUGCUGCCGCUGCUGAGUCCAAGCCAAGUGCUCCACCAGCUUUGGAAAUUAAGUCCAGUCCAGUAGCUGAAACUAAAUCCCACCCAGAACCCGAGACCAAGAAAACCCCCGAUCAGCCUGUGGAAGCGACGCUGGACGUGCCCAAACCAGCCGAUGUUAAGCUCAGCCCAGCCUCGAGCCCCGAGCCCAAGGCUGGUCUGAGUCCAGCUGAUCCAAAGCCCGCACCCAGCCCGAGCCUGGAGCCUAAAUCACCUGCUGCUAAAGCCACCACUCCAACACCUGAAAGGAAAAGUGCCCUGACUCCCACACCCGAGUCUCCAAAGCCAACCACACCAGAACCCAUUACCAACGGCACGCCUGAGCCAGGUCCGGAUUCCAAAACGAGCCCAGAUCACGCCGAUAUUAUCGGAGCCCCAAAAGCAGCUCCGCCUAAAACCCCAGAAGUGGAGCCGAAAUCUAGCGGUGCCGGCAAAGACGGCGCCGUGGCUGAGGAUUCAACCACCACCACCACCACCACCUGAGAACUGCCCCUGCAACAAUCCAAGAGAAGCCCCUCAGAUCUUCUCCAUCUACCACCACUGUAGACAAUCGAACACCUCCUACCAAAUAAUGAAGGAACCACUGGAACUGGGGCGAGGACUUCGGUUGAACUUGUCUAAUGCCUGAACACAAUAUUACUUUAAUAAAGGUAUCUCACUCACAAACUAACACAUAACCUUUGAGACUUUCUUAUUCAGAAGUAACUUCACAUAACAAAAGCGGCUAGCGCAAAUUAAUUUUCAAAUACAACUCCACAUGAGGUCUUUUCUAACACAAUGAGGUAGACAUAAAGGUUUACAACAUUUCAUUCAAUCUAGAAUAUCUCCCGUCUAAAGCGCUUGUUCCUCUAUCAGCAUGUGGAUUAAAUGCAUGCAGCUUUCAGUGUCAUGUCAGACCUACAGAAGCGUGUGGUGACAUUCUUUAGAGAGGAUGUCGUACGCUUCAGUAACAACUGCAAUACGUUAUCGCAUAUAGAACAAAAUAACCUUUUACUCAAGAACUAAUAAUACUAACGCUACUAUUUAUAGUGUCUGAGAUAGAGAUUCUGACUCCCGGUGGAUAUCGCCGAUGAUUAAAAUGUGUUUUGCGGACUGAUCCCUGAAGUCCGCGUCCACCACUUUACUGCCUUUGAUCUGGAUUUCCCUGUGGCUCUAUAAAAAGCCCAUUAUUCUUACAGUUUAAUAGCAAACUCAUGCCAGCAUCAACUCUGGCACUUAAUAGGACCACCGGGUUCCAAAGGUGGCGUACUGGAGGACAGCGUCUGGUGAGGGCAAAUAGUUAGAACAGGCUUUGCGUGUUUCUUUUCUGUCCUUCCCUGAUCUUUCUUUCACUCUACCUUUAUGUUCAACCACUUAAAGGGACAGUUCCCCCUCAAACAACUUACCUGCAGUGCAUUCAUCCGUCCAGAUUGUGUUGCUGUGUGUUGCCCGGUGCUGGAGACAUCUUCUGUAGAGAUGUCGAAUGUAGGAAUAAAACAUCUUCUACCGUAUCACAGUGCAGGAGGAAGCGUGCGUCUACUCAUCAUUGUUUUACCCAGAUGCACGCUUCCUCCUGCACUGGGAUUCCGUGUGCGUGUCUAGUUCGGGAGAAAGAAAAUAGUUCCUACUUGAAACUUGCUCACAACAAGGUCUUGGCGCUUUGAGCACCACAAGCCGAGUGCCGUCUAGUUCCUUUAUGUUGUCCAUCACUCAGCAACUCACAGCAAAACUAUCUAGAUUGAUAAAAAAAACACGAGGGGCUUUGGGAUGAACUGUCCCUUUAAGAACAAAGAAUUAUGACUUAUUAUUUAUUUCAAAUUCAAACUAGAUGUUUCCUCUGAAGUAUUAGGCUGUGUUGGAAGUGACAGAGUAGCUCCUGUGUCUUUGGUCCUUGCAUGUUUAAUGAGGCCUUUAUGAAUGCCACAGCAUCAUCUACGUGGAUGUUUAGUCAGCACAAAGUUAAACUCCUGUAUGGUACAGAGGAGGGGUGCAGAUACAUUUCACUAAACGCAUAUCUGCCUCAUAUUAAACAGUGACAGUCCAGGUUCUGUGCACGAGAAAUCUACAAAAAACAGAAGCACAAGUGAAAUGUAAGAACGUUUCUCGGUAGCUUUCCUGACGAAUAGAUUUUUUCUUACGAGUAAAUUAAUAUCAGGCCGAACGCAUUUUAAAGAACCGCAUGACGAGGUAGGUUUAGAUGUCAGAUUUGAUACUAAGAUCAGUAAAUAAGAUAAAUAAACUAAUAAAUUAAGGGGCCUCGAUGUUGAAGCGUCACAUAGGAUCCCACGUCAGAUGUGUUACGCAUGGACGAAGGUCAAACACUUGAUAAGCCUCAUUCCUCUCCUGGAUCUGUGAAGGAACCACAGUUUUGUCUUUACACACACACAUACACACACAGACACACACAUUUCAGCCUUGUAAAUAUUGCAUGUGUACGCCGGUUUAACCCCUAAAGGCCGAAUGUUUCUCGUGUAUAGAAUGGUUGUUGUAUUAUACUUAAUAAUAAAGAAGAAAACUAAUUUAAACUUUCUCACCAACCUUAAAUCCAGAAUAUAAAAUAUAUACACUUACAGUACUAUAUACUAUAUACACUAAUACUCACUAACGUCUUGAACUAAUGUAAGAACCAAAUAUUGUAAAGAUCCAUCAAGACUUAUAUCGGAUCUGUUUCGAUCGAUGAUCUGCUGUUAUCGCCGUGCUAACCUGACGACGCUCACAGCAUCUCUCAGUAUUUACACGAUGUAUUAAAACGUUUAACCUGCGUCACUUAAAGCAUCGAAUGCAGCAUGACCACGACAUGAAAAACAGGCUUUUAUCGUGUGUGUGUGACCAGAGGAGAGAUGUUUUAAUGUUGCCAUCAUUGUGCGUUCGGGGAUUCUGUGUUUCUGUACGCCGAUGACGCACACGUGUAUGAGUGUGGAUGAUUUCUGAGUGUUUCUCCUGCGUGCUGAAUCUAUGCAUAGCCAGUUUGUACAGAUCGACACACGACUGUACUUUGUGUGUGCUUCUCCGUCUGUUGUGAGCGAGGUGUUCGUGUGCCUGCUUUGUUCAUCUCGCAACGUGAAGAAAACUGUGUUUGAGUCAUGAGUGUGAAUGUGUUUAAAGCCACAUUGUAAAAGAUAUUGUAACUUUGAGAUAUUUGAGUGACUCUUUGUUUAGUGCCUCAAACGUAUAGUUGGCCUGUAUUCUGUCAUUUUUGCCGACACUCCUAAUGGCACCUUUUUUCUUAGUAGGUAGGGUGUUCACGAAAGCUGUUUGCACACCCGACUGAACAAAGGCUCACCUAGCAUAUGCUAAUGUUUGGAGAUAUUGUAAAAUAAAAUACGAACGUGAUUCUAAGUAGCAUCUCCGUUUGUAAGUGAGGCUGUUUUCCAUUAAUCAAGUCUGGGGCGGUGAGGAGCACGUGAGCGACUUCAUGAUAGCAGCAGAUGAACGCUUGGUGUGGGUAACCAUCAGCUUUAUGUUGUGGUGAGCGAUGAGAGAUUAAUAAAGCAUUUCCGUGCACCACCACUACUGUACAGUAUAUUGUCAGUGAUUGUAAUACCGAGCCGCUCCAGCCAGAGUGAGUAGGGAUGUGAGAGGAGCAGGACUUUGGUUUACACGUUACCAGCAUCUCAAAGGAGGCUCCGUCUCGUGGGAUUAAGGUUAUUACAUCGACGUGGUGCCAGAGGGAUUGUGGUGUUACACCCGCCUCUGAUAGAAACCACUACUUUUACUACCACUGGCACUUGUUGCACUACGUGAGUCGUCUCUGCCCUGAUCUUCUCUGUUUACUUCUGUUGUUCUGGGGGUGUGGUGUGACAUCCCACAUGUUCUCCCUGUACUCCCUUUUUGCACAACACUUCACAGAUGUUUUGUAAAGAAAAUAUUUUCUUUUUCUUUAUUUCAUGUCUAAAUGAAUACUAAGAAUAAACAAGUGAUUAUGACA